AUGCCUCCUGAUAGGGAUAUAGAUUUAUGCAUUGACUUGGAGCCUAGUACUUGCCCCAUCUCUAUUCCUCCUUAUCGCAUGGCUCCGGCAGAGUUGAGAAAACUUAAAGCUCAAAUUCAAGAACUUUUUGAUAAAAGCUUCAUCCGCCCUAGUGCCUCUCCGUGGGGUGGGGUGCUAGCUAGCAUUGAGGUUAGAGCCACAUUCAUUGGGGAGAUCAAGGCCAAACAGUUUAAGGAUGAGAAUUUGAAUGAUCUUAGAAAAAAGGCAGUGUCUGGUAAGGUGCAAGCUAUGGUUCUUGAUGCAGGGGGUGUGCUCAUUUUUAAAGGAAGAAUUUGUGUCCCUAAAGUGGACAACUUGAUUCAGAAUUUGUUGACAGUAUCCCAUGGUUUGCGGUAUUUCAUUCAUCCAGGUGUGACCAAGAUGUACCAAGAUUUGAAGCGACUUUAUUGGUUGCAUGGCAUGAAGAAAGACAUAGCUAAGUUUGUAGCUAAGUGCUAA